CCAGCGUGAAAGAAAAGAAGAAGAAAGAGAUCACACACUUUCCUGCUAUAACCUCUCAAAAAAUUAAUUUUAGUUUCAGGAUUUUAAUUCGUAAUAGUUCAACAAAAUGCAGGAAGCGAGGCUAGCUUACCGCUCUUUACAAAGUAUAAGACAUUGGAGGUCCAUUUCAAAAUGUGCCCGGGUAGCCCAAUCUGCGGAGAUCCAAUCUAACCCUGUCGAAAAACUCACAAUCCCACCCCCAAGCGGUUGCGAAAAGGUAUUCGCACCGAAAAUUGAAAAGUUAGUCACAGAAAUAUCGCAGCUCAACCUCAUAGAAGUCUCGGAACUCAGUGAUUUAUUGAAGAAGCGUUUGAACCUCCCUGAUGCCCCCGUACUACCUGUGGGUGGAUUUGGACCAGGUCCUGGUGUGAAGGAGGAAGAGGAAGUUGAGCCGCAGAAAGUUAAAUCAGUUUUCACAUUGAAGUUGAUGAAAUUCGAUGAUAAGCAGAAAGUGGCUCUGAUAAAAGAAAUGAAGAAUUUGAUGGAAGGAAUGAACUUGGUGCAAGCGAAAAAAUUUGUCGAAAGUGCACCGACAGUGGUUAAGUCAGACAUUUCCAAAGAAGAAGCAGAAAAGCUGAAAGAGGCUAUAGAAAAAGUUGGCGGUGUUGUAGAGCUCGAAUAGAAUAAUCAAGAUUCUAAUUUCUUGGAUUAUUCGGAUUCUUAAUAUGUUUAUUUAGGAUGAAUAAUAUAAAUAAUCAUAAUUGUC